AUGACCGUGUCGUCUGCAGCAGAGGAUAUGGGGAAGCGUCGAAGUCGAGCAUGCCGCGCAAGCAGCCAGAAAAAGAACCGCAAAGACUACUCGAAUUCGGGUAAGACUCGAAGCUCCGUUCGUCUGACGACCCCAGGUCGAGAGGCGAUGGAUUGGUUGACUGAGGUCGAUGGUUGCAGCCUCACUUUGAAGGUUGGAAAACAAGGCGGCUGGCCGCGACCCCUUUCGGGCUUAGCGCGUGGUUGGCAGGAGGUCGACGUCACCGCCUUCUCAGAUCUCAACAUCGCGGCGUCGCUGGGGUCUGGUGCUUGUCGGUUUCCGGUCAGGGGGGCCACCUGGAAUCCGGACAUCGAGCCGGCAUAUAAAGAGCAGGCCGCCAUUGCUGAGUACUUGGAUCUGGACAGCCGUGUCGUCCCAAGCAUCCUCUGCCUAGUCCAGCCCCAGAAUAUCUGA